UGUUCACCUGAUUGGUGAUCUUUAGGCAUGACGGUUCCUAGUAUCGUACACUGACGGACUUCCGCCCAACUACAAGUCACCUGUGUUUGAACCGUGUGCGAAAUAGGUACGCAGUAUUGUUCUCCCCAUUUUCUAGAGAGUCUCAAGCUGACGUACUGAACAUCUCGAACAUCUCGGUACAAGUAACACAGCUGAUAACCAUGGGCAACCUGCUCGGAACCCUUGAAUUGCUGGGAUGGAGCAAUCAUUCGUUCACUCCAAAUCGCGAAGAGGAUUUCGUGGAGAAAAACAUCGGUUUUCCGUGCCGUGUGGUGACCGGAAACAAGGCUGUGCAGUCCGUCUUUGACAUCGACCUUUUCAGGAAGGAGGAGUUCUAUUUUGGCGUAGCAAAAAUCCAGAAGGAUUUCACAGAAGGUGUUUGUCCAAGCGUUACGUCCAACGGCGAGAUCCACGAGAAAAACAAGGGGUUUUUGGUGGAAGUCAUGUCAAAGUCUUUCGGGGAGAUCCCGGCAUCAACCGCUUUGUCCGUGUUGUCCAACAUCUCUCAGUGGGGAAGUCAACCAAUAAGCGACUUCGAGACAAAGGUGACGACAAUAGUAGCAGAUGCUUUCCUCUCUACGAUAUUCGGGAAAUCAACAACGCCUUUUACCGCUGACGAAAUCAACGUCUAUGCCGAAAGUGCGAUUGAAUUAAGGUCAGGCAUCUUAGAAGCAAUAGUGGGAGAGGAUCCCAACAAGGGGCGCCAGGCAUUGCUGUCUAUCCUUGGGAAAAUAAAGACAUCGAAGAGGUAUGACGAACUGAUGGAUCUUGGCAAGUCGCAUGGAUUGGGAGAAAAAGAGGCAACGGGGCAACUGCUCUUCUCAGUAUUCUUCAAUGGGGUUGGCGGCAUCAGUGCAAAUCUGCUGGCAUCUUUCGCCCGCUUGGACACCAUCAGCACAGAGGACCGGGAAGAGCUACGGGAGGAAGCGCUUGCCGCCCUAAAGAAACAUGGAGGCCUGACCCGUGAGGCCCUGAGAGAGAUGCCGAAGAUCGAGAGCUUCGUCUUGGAAGUGCUGCGAGCCUGUCCCAGCCCAGACUUCUUUAGCACCAUCGCGACACGUCCAGCGACUGUCAAGUACACAACGAAGAGUGGUCAACAUGAGGUGGAGAUCAAGGAAGGUGAACGUGUGUAUGGAAGUUCCUACUGGGCACUGAGAGACCCCGCCGUCUUCGACAAACCAGACGACUUCGUGUGGCGCAGAUUUCUCGGCCCUGAGGGUGCAGCACGCCGGGAACACCACGUCACCUUUCACGGCCGACUCACGGAUACACCCGCGGCCAACAACCACAUGUGUCCCGGUAAAGAUGUCGCGCUUUCCGUGAUAAAAGGCAGCAUCGCCAUUUUCAACACCUUCUUUGGAUGGGAGCUCCAGGACCCUCCGGUGUGGACGGGGACGAAGAUAAAUCGCUUUGGACGACCUGACAACGAAGUGAAAAUCAAGUCAUUCUGGAUACAGCACUCUAAAGACUUGGAGGAGAUCUUUCCAUCUCACAUCGACGACAUCCUUGACGACAUUGAUGAGGUUAAUGGCAUCGACGUGUUGGUCAAAGCGAAGACCGGGACGUACAGCGGUGCUGGGACAAAUUCAAACGUCUUCAUCCGCCUGUACGACGACAAAGGCCACCAGUCCCGUCAGUUGCUGUUGGAUGUGUGGUGGAAGAAUGACUUUGAAAAGGGAAGUGAAGGGCAGUACCCACUUAGGGAUGUAAAAGUGGCAGCACCGAUUCUGCAGAUGGAGUUAUGGCGGGAUGAAACCUGUCCUGAUGAUGACUGGUACUGCGACUCGGUCUCUGUCCAACUCAACCCGGACACCAACGGACCUACUUACGACUUCCCUGUCCAUCGUUGGAUCAAGAAAAAUGACCACGUGUGGCUGAUUCCCGGUGACUGUGAGCUUCCUCAGAACGAACUGAACCCCAAGGACCGCGCAGACGAACUGCUGUUGAUGAAAAGGCGUUAUGCAUCUGAAAACACAAUCCCUGGACUGCUCCCCAUGGUGAAGAAGUUGCCUCCGGAGGAACGUUUCUCCCUGUGCCGACAGUUGGACGUUGCAAAAGCAUUUGUCAUAAUGCAAGGAUGUAACUGGAUGACCGCCCUUUUCGGAGGACGAUUCCACAGUUUUGACAGCUUUAGUCAGACCUUCCCACCUGGUCAAGUUCCCAAGGGAAAAUUCAAUUGGAAACUGGAUGAGAGCUUCGGUGCACAGCGCCUGCGUGGAGUUAACCCAACCUCCAUCAAAAUCUGCCAGGAGAUUCCAGAAAAGUUCGGUGUCACGGCCGCCAUGUUGGAACCACAGCUGGAGGGUCUCAAGCUUGAAGAAGCUCUGGCAACGAAGCAUUUGUACAUCGUGGACCACACGAUCAUGAAAGUAUCUGCAUUCAUGAACCAGAACAGGCCGAUGUGUGCGCCAUACGGUCUGUUUUUCGUGAACAGCAAAAAUGACCUAGUACCCGUGGCCAUUCAGCUCUAUCCUAAUGAAGGAGCAGGGCAGCAUCCGGUGUUCCUGCCUAGCGACUCGCCCUACACCUGGCUGUACGCAAAGAUGUGGUUCAACUGCGCAGACGGGAACUACCACCAAGCCGUGCCUCAUCUCGGAUUCACGCACCUUCUGAUUGAGUCAUGCUCUCUGGCGGCCAAAACAACACUUUCCCGCUCGCACCCCAUUCAGCGUCUCCUGGAACCACACUUUUUCAACACGAUGGCCAUCAAUGACCUGGCGCGGAACACACUAAUUAGCGAGGGGGGAGGCCUCACCAAAAUCACUAUGAUCGGAGAGAAGGGGGCCUUUGAGGUCAUGAAGGAAAGACUGAAGACUUGGAGAAUGGAUGUGGACGGAACGCUUCCUGAGGACCUGAAGAAUCGAGGCGUAGAUGACCCGGAGACUCUCCCAAAGUACUACUACAGAGACGACGCGAUGCCAACAUACAACGCCAUCAAAGAAUACGUGAGGGGAGUGGUGGACAUAUUCUAUGAGGGCGAUAACGAUAAACUGAAGGAAGACUUUGAGAUCCAGGCAUUUGCAAAGGCGCUUGUUUCUACCGAAGAUGGGAAGGUGGCAAUCAAGGGGGUGCCAGGAAACGGCACAUUCUCUACUUUUGACGAAGUUAUCCAGACCGUCACCAGCAUCAUCUUCACCAGUAGCGUGCAGCACGCAGCCGUCAACUUCAUGCAGUUGGACCAGUACGGCUUCAUUCCGAGCAUGCCACUCGUGCUGGUCAAAGAUCCACCCAAAACUAAGGAUGCUUUAACGGAGAAAGACAUCCUGGAUGCACUUCCGGGAAAGAAAGAAGCCCUUAACAUCAACACUCUUGGAGUAAUCCUCAGCGAACGGGCCACAAAACCUUUGGGCGACUUUGAAGUCGAGUACCUUCGUGGAGACAAGGUGCACGAAGUCAUCUCAAAGUUUCAGGAGGAACUUUACCACAUCUCUCGCGACAUCAAGAACAAGAAUUCGAAGCAUCGUUUCCAACCGUACGACUAUCUGGAUCCCCAAAACAUUCCCAACGCCAUUAGUAUCUAGGCGUGUUUGGCUCAUAAAAAGUAACUUCACAGUCUAUGGUAACUACAAUAGAUGAUAGCACAAAUGCACGGAUAGACGGGUGCAUUUUAAAAUGUAUACGUACUUCAGAUAUCAUGCUUUGCUACUGUAAUGCUAAAUGAAAAAUGGAGCAGGUGAACUAGAAUUUACAGCCGCUUUUAUCUAAGAGGACUGUGUAGUGAAUAAUGUAAUGAAAGAUAAAAAGUAACUUCACAGUCUAUGGUAACUACAAUAGAUGAUAGCACAAGUGCACGGAUAGACGUGUGCAUUUGUAAAAUGUAUACGUACUUCAGAUGUCAUGCUUUGCUACUGUAAUGCUAAAUGAAAAAUGGAGCCGCUUAUAUCUUAAGAGGACUGUGAAGUGAAAAAUGUUAUGAGAGAUGCUAAAUGAAGAAUCAUAAUAUAAUACUCCUUAGCAAGUGAAGCUUUGUAACACCCCAUGGUGUGGGGAUAGUUUUUAGUUUUUUUUAAAUAUUUCGAAAUAGAUAUUAACAUCAAAAUGUAUCAUCAGCUUGGAGUUUAUCAUAAGUAAGUAUAUUGUAAUACGUACUAUGUAGAGCUUUAAUACAUUGAUUACAUCAAGGUCAAUAAGCCAUCGAUUAAGUAAGGUCAAAUUUGGCUAUAUCAUGGUGACAACUAAUGAUAACCUAAAUUGCAUUGGGACUAAAUCUGACGACAUAAUAUACAUGUAAGCUGAAGCCCCUAUCACACAUAUAUGACCUUCCCACGACUUUCCUCCAGACCACUCCCCAAACAAAAUAAUUCUGGGUUGUGAGUAGCCUGAAAUCCAGUUUAGUAUAUAGCUCCAUCUCUUUCUGAUGGGCGCAUUAAAACAGACUAUGAUUUUCUCAACUUUGCUCAAAAUAUAGAGUCGGCUGGCACAGAACUACACGAAUUAAGGAUUAGAGUGCAACCUUACUGAACAACUCCCAACUACUGAUGAACUUGCUCACGACUAACUCCCAACCAUGGUCUGGAAAACUUAGGGACGUGAUGGGCGGAUGUGUAUGAUAGGGGUUUAACUUUAAGCUAUUGCUUUAGGAACGACAGACUUUUUAUUAUGUCGACACCAUCAUUUACUGUAGACUGUGUUUUAUGUUUUUUUUCUUCAAUUAUAUAUCUGAUCAGCUAAUUAUUGGUGCGUUAUGCAUGUAUACUAUGGAGGAAUUAUGUUACUUAGUGAACUAGAGUAAUGGUUAGAAACGAAAAAUCGAGGAAUUAAUGCUGGUGUUUUGUCUAGAGGUGUGAGAAUUUUUCACACUAUCGUAAUUUUUGUUGUUAGAUAUCAAGAGUUUAUUAUAUCGACCUAAAGAUAUUAGUGAAUGACGUACACAAAUAUGUGUCGCCUAGUGUGUGGUGGCGGAAAAAGUAUUCGAGCUACACAUAUGCGGUAUUACAUACGGAUAUGUUGGGAAUAAAGGGUUGA